CGUCGGGAUGCGACGCCGCCAGCCAUUUACUCCCCCACCUACAUAUAUAUACGCCCGACAACCGACAACUGACAAUACACUCAUGCACCCACCAUGCCACCCGGAUGAUCCUCCCGGGCAAGCCAGCCAAACAACAAAGUAAAGGGACAGAGCGCGCGCGGGGCUCGUCCAAGACAAGCUGGUCACACGGCGGCCAACGGCUCGCUCGUCACCUUCUAUAAGGUAACUUAGACACUUUGUACUUUGUACAUACAUACACCCGCCAAACUCCCUUUUCUGCCCCCUCGACACCGCCUCUCCCCCCUCCGCCGUGGCCUGUUUUCGUUGCCCUCGUCGGUGUCAGACAGAGACACACCUGACGAGGUCUUGUUUUGUCACAGUUGCGGGGGUACGAUAUUGAUUGCCCGCCGUCGUCGACGUCGUCAUCGUCGUCGUCAACCUCGCCGCCGCAAAGCCAUCAUCAUGUUCAACCCGGGCGUUUUUUACAUGCUUGCCAGCGUCGUGCUCUUUGCCGUCGCCGUCGUCGUCCACUUCCACACGGCGCACCUCUCACUCCCCCUCUCGUCCUCCAUCACCGUCCUCGCCGUCGUCCUCCCCAUCGCCGCCUUCCUCAACGCCUACAUCUACCCCAACCUGCUGCGCAACUCGCACGCCUGCGCCCUCGCCCCCCGCGACCACUCGGCCCUCGAGCGCCUCGCUCCCGUCCUCCUCCAGGGCCUCCAGGCCGUCGUCACCAGCGUCCUCGCCACCCUCCUCUUCGAGGGCCUCGUCCCCUCCCCCGCCCUCGACUACCUCGUCGACUACGAGUGGGGCCGCCUCUACGACGCCCGCGAUGCCCAGAGCAUCCGCCUCAUCCAGGACACGUACCGCUGCUGCGGCCUCCGCGCCGUCGACGACCGCGCUUAUCCCUUUGACGACGGCCCGCGCGCCUGCGCAGACGUCUAUGGCCGCGUCGCCUCGUGCGAGGCGCCCUGGAAGAGCGCCAUGCAGAUCACCUCGGCUGUCGACUUUGGCGUUGUCCUCGUCGUCGGUCUGAUGCAGAUCAUCGGCCUCCUCCUGAUGCGCGAGCGCACUAAGUGGUGGACGGCGCUGCGCACCCAAGAUUGGAAGCAGCCGUACUGCGACGACACUGCCAGCCAGUCCCUUCUCAUUCCCGACGAGGAACACGAGGCAGAUGGAAACCCCGAUCCACCACCGCAGGCACAGGGCUACGGCGCGCUCCAGGAGAGGCAGCCGACGCCCACGGUCAGACCCGUCGAGGAAGGGAAUCCGCCCAGAAGUCGCUAGGCAGUGGUUGGGUCAUCGACUUGCACGGACACGGGCACGUAUCGGAACUAUGAGCCGCAUGAUAUACGGUAGCGAUGCGUUUGGAGUUUCUGUUAUUUAUUUCGUGGUACUUGUUUUAUCAUCUUCUUCGGACCUCCAAUGCCUCCUUUCCGAGCUUAGCCAGUGCCUUCUCGUAGUCUUGGACACGCUCCUCGCUCAUCUCAUCGAUCUUGGUCCGCUCGACCUUUUGCGCCCGUCUCACGCCCUGUCCCUUGGCAAUCUUGCCCCAGAACCAGCCGCUCUCCUCGUCGCCGACCAGCGUCCACGCGCAAC